ACCAUUCUCCAUCUUCUCUUUCAUUCCAAUUCCAAAACUUCCCAAUGGAGCUUACACCUCUAGAAAUCAAUCUUCACAGUGCCAAAGACCUCAAGAACGUCAAUCUUUUCACCAAGAUGAACGUCUACGCCGUAGUUUCAAUCAACGGCGAGCGUCUCACGGCCCAGAAAUCCCCCGUCGACAAGGACUGCGGCGCUAAUCCCAACUGGGAUUACGCCAUGAAGAUGACCAUCGACGAAGCCAUCGCCCGUCGUAACCACCACAACCUCGUCAUCCGUCUCAAAUCCGACCGCAUGCUCCGCGACAAGGAGAUCGGGACCGUCCAGGUUCCGAUCAGGGAACUGCUCGAUCACAACGACGGCAACGGGAAGGUCGAUUACCAGAACGUGAGUUACAGCGUCAGGUUGCCGAAUGGGAAGACCAAGGGGGUUUUGAAUUUCUCUUAUAAAUUCGGGGAAACGUUUACAAUGCCCGUUGUUCCGCCGCCUCCGAUUACGGGGUCGAUACCCAUGUACGGAGAUGAUAAUAAUAAUAAUACUAAUAAUAGAUUUAUGGCGUAUACGCCGCCCCCGUCUGGUUAUCCGGGACCGAGCUCGGGGUACCAUCCGCCGCCUUCACAGGGGAUGAAUGGAUAUGCUUAUGCUCCACCCGGUGGAUAUCCGCCGUAUGGGUACCAACAGGGACCGGCUCCGGGGCAUGGGUACCAAGGUUAUCCGGCGGCGAUCGGUGGAUAUGGGUACCCGCCGCCGGUGCAGCAACCACAGAAGCCGAAGAGAGGGAGGAUGGGGGCAGGGUUGGGAUUGGGGUUAGCUGGUGGAUUGUUGGGUGGAAUGUUGAUCGGUGAUAUGGUUGAUGAUGCUUAUGAAGCUGGUGUUGAAGAUGGACUUGAUUAUGAUUUUUAAUUUUUUUUAU